UUCACAGUGUGUGUUGAAAGACGUUGUAGGACCUUGUCGUACACACACCGUGGUUGAGUCGUCUGUCUACCCGCAACAUGUUACUGCCAUGGCCCACUUCCCUUGGCCCUCAACGCACUGGCCACGAGCCUGAGAAAUAACCUCAACAGCCUCAUAACAGCCCGCAUUAUUCCCUUCCGCGCAUCUCCGUCUAUCGUCUCCAUCUCCAGUGUCUUCUCUUUUGGUCCAUUUCUGUCCCUCCUUUGGUUGUCUUUCUUUCAAAUUAGUCCAUUGAUCGUCUACACCGCGCUUCCGCUUGACUCGCGUGCGCAACCCCCUCACGCGAGUCUGGCACCGCGACACUGAUAAUGGUAAUGCUACGGCUCGUUCUGAGGACUCAAAUCGCGCGCUCCCUUGUCCCAUCUCAGCGUCAGCACACGCAGCCCUUCUUGCAUCGCUUUCAGCCAUGGAAGCUUCCAUUUGCUCGCGCUCUGAGUGGCCAGUCUGGGCCUCCUACCCCUGGCAAUGAUGCGCCAAAUCCAAUCGACGACGCCACGGAGCAUGUGCAUCAGGAAGAAGAGCGCGAGGCAAAGCGCGCAGCAUGGAGAAGUACGGGCUGGAAAAUGUUCGAGGCUGCAGCAACGACGGGCGCCAGCAUCUUCAUCCUUGGCUGUGUAGGCAUUGGCUACACCAAGUACUACAAGUGGAAUGUGCUCGAGAAGAUGGAGAACGCCUUUAGGGAAGGCGACCCGGUUCUUGAACUUGCCGCUUCUGGAAAGGAAGUACCCAGAGAGCCCACGCGAACCGAGGUCAGCAAAGGGGGAGACGAUGAUCGAGACUACGAUCGAUGGAUCCCACGUGACGAACAGGAGAAGAUUGACAAGAUUGUCUGGGGCGAGACCAAGGGACGCUACCAUCUCCUGCUCGGCGAAAAGGGCACCGGGAAGACAUCCAUGCUGAUUGACGCAAUGGACAAGAUCAACGGCGAAGGAUGCUCUAUGAUGGAAGCCCAUGCAGACCUAGAAGUUUUCCGCGUCCGGCUAGGGCGAUGUCUGGACUUUGAAUACCACGAAGACAACAUUGGCUCGCUCUUUUCGAUACGUGGACCUCGCGAUGCCGGUGCUAUCCUCGAUAUCGAGCGGGCAUUCAACAAGUUGGAAAAAGUGGCUUUGAGACGGCGAGCGACGGUUGGCAAGCCGCUGAUUCUCAUCAUCAACUCGGCGCAUCUGAUCCGUGACGACGAUGAUGGCCGGGACCUGCUCGAGCUGAUCCAGCAGCGCGCAGAACAAUGGGCCGCCUCGAACCUCGCGACCAUCAUCAUCAACUCAGACAAAUACUGGGUCUUCGAACGAUUGAAGCAGUAUGCGACCCGAAUGGAGGUCCACCAGAUCAGAGACUUGUGUAAGGACCGUGCGAUGCAGGCCCUCAGAAACUACCGUAUGAAAUACUACGGCGAAAAGACUGAAAAUUCGGUGCUGGAAGAGGUAUACGACAAGAUAGGAGGCCGUCUUACUUUUCUCAACCGAGUCGCCAAGUCCGAGGACAUGGUCACAAAGUGCGAUCACAUCUGCGACCUGGAGAAGAUAUGGUUUUUGAACAACUGCGCCAUUCUUGGCGAGGAGAUGGAUGACGAUGUCAUGGACCAGCAGAAGUAUGCUUCGACAGCAAUGGUUCUUGCGAAUGCUCUCUUCAAACAGUACCGUGACAUGGACCUAAAAUACGACCCAGAAAAGGGCCAUAUUCUCCCUGAAAUCCCUCUCCAUCGCGCCCGCUUCAUCAUGACGCGCUCCGAUUUCAUCCGCAAGCACCACGACCUCUCCAUCUUCUCCAUUGACUCGCAUGCCAUGGUGCGCGCCGACUCUGUCCCGAUGCAGCGCGCCUUCAACGAGAUAUGUGCCGAGGAAGGAUUCGAAGAGUUCUUGGAAGCUACCCUAGAGCGCAUCAGCGAUAUCGAGUCCCUUGGUCGCACCAAGGAGCUCACGUUCAAGGACCUGUGGGCUGGCGGAAAGUACAAGUUCACGACGAGGAACAAAAAGGGGCAGGUGGAGGGCGAGUUGGAGAUGGAAGUUGUGGAGGGAGAGAAGGAUGAGGAUGACAAGGAUGAGAAAUGAGGGAGAGAGACUUUUGUACGAUAACGACUGCGCGAGAUGCGCGUAUUCUGCUGACGGGGUGGUAUUAUGCGUCGACGAUGGGUGUGGAGAGGUUUGGUCUUUUAUGUUUUCCUGGGUGGUUCUCCUGGCGCCUCAUGGAAGGUAGAGAUACCCUUCUUACUGUCUUGCGUAUUUCCUUUGUCCGUUUAGGUUUUUGUUGUUGUCAUCGCUGCACUGUUCAUGUAUGCCCGCGAUGCCAUCCUCUAUGUGUAUAGUAACCGGCUGUGAAUAAAGGAACUACAUGUCCUCUACAUAUCCAUAUACCAGUUCCAAAAAGAGUACUUGCCGC